AUCUGAUCAUUGCUGCAGUAUGUUCGGGAGUUUCCAGCCCCAGAAAGAGGUGAUGCAGCAGCAUCCCUGUCCUGCCUCCGUGAUUCAUUACAUUCAGUUUCGGUGGGCUCUUUAAGAGGAGAGACUCUCUGCAUCUGCUGAUCUGUGAGCCGGAGCGGUGCCGCCCUCCCUGCACAUCCUGGACCGACAGACACCCGGCGGCUCGUCCUGGGACUCACUCGGCGCUCAUGCGUAAUGGAUAAUCGAUGUUAACAUGCGCCGGGCCCAGCGUCCUCUGCGUCCGUGCAGGUGUGAAAGACAUGACACUUCCUCCUGGUCUGCGAUGGGCAGCUCCUCCAGGCGUCUAACAGCAGCCACCGCGUUUCCCCUGUUCGCUGGUUGGUCCGGUUCAGCUGGUUGGGCGUCAAGAGGAAGCAGCAGUUUGAUCAAGAGCCCAGCAUGUCCUCGGUGGUGGUGUCCGGGCUGAGUGAGCUGAGUCUGGCAGAGCUGCCCAUGGAGAGCUGGAUGUCUCAGCUGCCCUGCGCUCUGUGGGACACCCCCCUGUACCACCUGGCCAUCCCAGGCAGCCACAAUGCAAUAACCUACUGUCUGGAUAUGAACGACAGAUCCCCUGUUGACCUCAUGCAGCCAGACCUGCUUCAAAAGCUGGACAAAUUCAUGAAGCCCCUCAUUCGCCCCUUUGUGUACAAGUGGGCAAUAACACAGGAGUUCACUAUAAAGCAGCAGCUGGACUGUGGGGUCAGAUACUGUGACCUGCGAAUCGCCCACCGGCCCAACGACAGCUCCACAGACUUGUACUUCUACCACGGCGUUUAUACCACGCUCACUGUGGAGACCGUCCUGAUGGAGAUAAGAGAGUGGCUGGACGCUCAUCCCAAAGAAGUGGUCAUCCUCUCCUUCAGUCACUUCCUUGGCCUGAGCCAGGAGCUCCACAUGCUGCUGCUCACAACCAUCCGCAACACGUUCACCUCCAAACUCUGUCCCAAAACGGAGCCGUUAACUCUUCGGAACCUGUGGGCUUUAGGCUACCAAGUGAUUGUGUCCUAUGAACACACUAUUUCCAGCUUACACAGUGAACUGUGGCCACACAUUCCUUACUGGUGGGCCAACAAAUGCAAAGCUGAGUCUCUUAUUGAGGAGUUCGAACACAGAAAACAGCAUGGCAGACCAGGUGGUUUCUUUGUCACAGGAAUCAAUCUGACAGAGGACCUGAAGUACAUCUGCACACAUCCGACAGAGUCGCUGAAGGACUUGGUAAUGUCCACGUAUCCGACACUGCUCAGCUGGGUUAAAGAGCAGACUCCUGGAUCCAGAGUCGGCUCUCUCAACAUCAUUGCUGGAGACUUUAUCACGGAGAGCGACUUUGUACCGACUGUCGUUACACUGAACGAGAAACUUCUGAAAUGGUCCUCAUGACUUUUCACCAAUAAGCAUGAUUCUACAACAAACAAACAAACAAACAAACAAAAAAAACCACGAACACAGCAUGAAAUACAGUCAAGCUUGUUUUGUUAAGAGUGUCAGAAAAAUACUUGAAUUAUUCAUUUCAACAUAAAUGCACUUGCUGGAGGCAGUGACACGUGCAUUUCAGUCUGAAAGCUGCUUUUUGAUAUUUUGACCUGCACUUGUUUGUUUACAUUCAGUUCACUAUUUAUGCAAUGUACUGUAUCAGUUUUCACAAGUCAGCAAGGCAGCCAGGUUUAUGUUACGCUGACCAAAGCAAUAACGAUACAACUAAUCUCACCUUAACGUAGGCAUUUUAGACGAGUAAGCACAAAUAAUGUAUUCAAUGAGCACAUAUGACUGUAAUGUAGGACACAAACUUUUAUAAUUCUAACAUGAGCAGUAAACUGUAUCAGCUACAAUACAUCUAUUUAACUAUAGAGAAUGUAGAGAAGAUGUGAACUUAUGCAAAAUGCAUGGAAAACCUAUUUGCAUGAACCCAACCUUGACUGUUCUACUACUUUAGCCAAUAGGUUCAGCCUUGAUUUAACAUAACGCUGCACCGCUGUGCCUGUGGAGAUAAGCUUUUCAAAUAAACAUGAGCAUUUUUAAGCAAAA